UGGCGGGAAAUUUUGGAUCAUCGUUUAAAAUUCAGACAUAAUUUUUUACGAUUGUAAAAAUGGAGGAACUGUAUGUUAGCACUGGCCCUGCUCCGGAAGUUGGGGAAAAGGAAAAACCUCGUCAUCAUCGCAAGCAGGCAGAAGCUGGCGGGGGUGUUCAAGGAUCUAAAAAACGUCCAACUAAGAAAGAUGAUAAAACUACUGUUAAAAUAGCAAUGGUUGGAAUACUUGUUGUUGGAGUAAUAGCUCUCAUUCUGGCUAUUGUAUUAGGUAUGUCCCCAUCUGAAGAAUAUUCCUGUCAGAGAGCAAAAAAUGAGGGGGAAAAAGUUUCUCCUUUUGAUGUGAAUGAAUGUGAAGCCGCGAAAAAAAAAUGUCAGUUCGAUAUCACAACAUGUUCUGAUGCUUGUCCACUUGGUUAUAAGAAUGAAGGAGGUUGUGCAGUCAGUUGUUUGUGUGCAACUGAUGGAACAUAUGAAUCGGACAUUAUGUUUAAUGAGGCCAACAUACAAAGAGCACUGGAUAGAUUCAUUGCACCACCAGACAAUGGUAGUUUCGAUGUUUUUACUGGGAAUACAAUUAAAACAACUGCGCCCCUUUGGGAGUUGGGGGUAAAUGGUCGCGUACAGAUUCCAUACGUGUUUGAUCCUACAAUAACUACUGGCGAUUACAGAGCUGUGUACAAGGCUUCAUAUUGGUUUUCAAGGCACUCUUGUAUAGAUUUAGUGCCACGCAAAAAAGAGAAGGCCCAUAUUUUAUUCAUAAGAGGAAACGGGUGUAGUUCAUUCAUUGGCAAAACUGGAUGGCGGCAAUAUGUUUCUCUCGGGAUUGGUUGUUCAAAAGCAUCUAUAGUUAUGCAUGAGAUAUUACACGCGGCAGGUUUUUACCAUGAACAGUCAAGACCUGACAGGGAUUUGUACAUUAAAGUUUAUUAUGAAAACAUUCAAAAAGAAUAUCAUCGGCAAUAUGACAAAGCAAGGCCGGAAGCUGUGGCUGACUUUGGAUACGAAUAUGACGUGAAAUCCCUCAUGCAUUACCACAGUCGUGCGUUUCAAAUUGUUGGGAAACUAACGUUCGUUGUUUUAAAGACUGGAUAUAGUAUAGCUUCUUCGAAUGAACAUCCCUCAGAAACAGACAUCGCAGAAAUAGAUAGUUUGUAUAAAUGCAAACGGAAGGCUGCAAAUCAGAAAGGGAGAUGGGGUGAGUGGGCUCCUUGGGGUGCGUGCAGAGCAACAUGUGGAACGAUCGGUGCAAUAGUUCAACGAUACAGAAGAUGUGAAUACAAGGAUGGACAGUUCGCUCAGGAUUGCAAAGGGAAAAAUUGGGAAACGAAGGUUUGUAAGUUGAAAGCAUGCAGUCCUAAGUAUUCGGAAUGGGGAUCGUGGAGUGCGUGUUCGUUGACUUGCCAUUUUGAACAUGGGAUUCAUGCCUUAGAAACAAGGAGACGUAAUUGUAUUAAUAAGAAAGAGGGACUUUGUCCAAACUCAUGGAUUUUUGGUGCUGAUAUUUACCAGUCGAGAUACUGUCGCCCUGAACCUAGCUGUAAAACCAAAGAGGAUAUUGAGAAAGAAAAAGCCCUUUACAAAAAGUUAAGAGAAAUUCAUCGUAACCCUAAUUGGACUGGAUGGUCUCAUUGGUAUCCUGCGUGUCCUUUUAACUGUGAUGGGGUGACUAAGGAGAAGAAAAGAAGAACUUGCGCUGAGUAUUCUGCAAAAGUCAGCAAAUGUGAAGGGAACACACCAGGAAGUAAAAUCGCUUCCCAAGAAAUCCAGAGAUUCUGUCGAUGUGCUUAUGGCAUGACGCCACCCACCGGUAAACUGAGCUUGACAACAGUUAUAAUAGAGUCAGAUGAUUUAGGAAGUGAGAUUAGGAGGAGAUCAGUAGAAGGUGGAAUAAUGGAUGUGAAUUCACGUUUAUUCUGUUCCUCGGGAAAAGUCGUGCGGGGAAAGUUUAACGAAGAUGAUUCAGUUGAUGUUGUUUGCGUGGAAUCUAACCAUAUAUCCUUCUACCCGACAAUAAACGGAGAAACAAACUACGAUUCAUCAUUCCAACAAUCUUACCAAUUCUGUCAAUCAGAAAAUCAACUUUUGUUAAACGAGUCAGCAGAUUUUAACACUGAUACCAAUGAUGACUUGGCAUGUAUUGACAGGAAUUCUGGUCAAAUGAUCAUCUUGUCAUUCUUUGAUAAUCGGUUUGAAGUUCACUCUGAUUGGGCCGGUUUACAAGAUUUCUGUGUUGGUAGAAAAUCUCACAUCUUUGCUGGGUAUGGAGAUGAUGAUGGAAGAGCCGAUCUCAUCUGUUUAAACAAGAUAACCAACAGAGAAUCCAUUAUCAUCAAUAAUUGGAAUUUUUAAUGUCAUACAGCCCAAGCUUAUUGUUAUCUUGUGGUUUUACAUUUGUUAAUUUGUUAAAGUUGAUGCAAAAUAAAACUACACAGAUACUGUGUACAUUA